UGAAAAAAUGGAACACACCAGCAGUGUGAGGAGACCUGAAAGUGGCACAUGGCAGAGAGUGUGGCGAUGGAGACAGCAGCAAUGGGAGGCCGUACAGGGACCCAUGACACACUCUGGACCUGGCAGCAGCAUGAGGAGGCGGUACAGGGGCCCAUGGCAGAUUACAGGCCUGGCAGCAGCAAUGGGAGGCCCGUAAUCUGCCAGCACCCUAUGACAAAAUGGAACACACCAGCAGUGUGAGGAGACCUGAAAGUGGCACAUGCAGAGUGUGGCGAUGGAGACAGCAGCAAUGGGAGGCCGUACAGGGACCCAUGAGAGACUCUGGACCUGGCAGCAGCAUGA